CUGGCAGUAUGGGAGAGUGCGCUCCACAGGAUCCAAGGGCUAAACGACAUGUUCGCGUCUAAAGCCUUGUCGGUACACGCAUGCCACUCACUCGACGCGGGACAAAAGAAUCACGAACAACGUGACUACAACAGGGGCCGUGGUAAAUUCCCUCUUGUCAGCUGAUGUCAGUCUGCGACGCGUCAACGUUCAACAUCCACUAUGCUCUCAAAACUUCCUCUGCUACCAGGAUGCCUCUUUGCCGUCACUCUCCAAAAUGGUUCCUUCUUCCCGUGUACUACCCCUGCCGAGCUAUUCCUUACAUCUUUUGAUCUAAAUUUGUUUUGCCCUACAAAGCUUCGCUCGACACCCCCCGACGACAUCAAAGGCGUGCUGAUUGCGAAUUGCGCCUACCGGCGGGUAGCAGCCCCGCGAUGUAAACGAGCUCUCAUCUCACAUUGUCUUCAACCUAUUCCUUUCAUCGACGUCAUGGCAAUCAAUCGCAUUCCCAGACGACUGCGAUCUAUUCUCCCUCCCCUUCAUCCCGCUCCAAUACUGAAGUACUCAAUAUUUGAACAAACUUGUCCCACCCCUACUACGAGGAGACGCCCUCAAUCCAAAGCACAAAACAGUCAUUACCCACCUCCCCUCGCGCUGCCCUUCCUGACGUAUCCAAAGCACAAGUGCCUCUACUCUGACACCGUCUUCCCCCAGUCUCCCCAGAAACAGGUGUUCUGAAGCCUAGAGAGAGACGUUGUGCCAGAGAACAACCUCGAGCUACAAGCAUUUCUACCUUGGCUCAAAUUUAACAGCCCGAAACUGUCGCUGCUAUUUUCUGGGUUUAUGGUU